AUGAGCGGCGGGAUCCCCAUACGACUUCUCAACGAGGCGCAGGGUCAUGUCGUUGAGAUCGAGACCACCAAUGGCGAUAAGUUUCGAGGGAAGUUGCUUGAGAACGAAGAUAAUAUGAAUGUGUCAAUGUAUGAAGUCACAGUGCAUAGAUCAACAGGUGAAUCCAAAUAUAUGACACAAGUGUUUCUUAAGGGCAACACUAUAAGGUUUAUUAGUGUGCCUGAGAUCUUAAAGAAUGCUCCAAUGUUCUUUAUGAAACCUGGUGAUAAGCCUAGACCCCCAGUUAGAGGUCCACCUCCGAAAAGGGUAAGACAUUAG